ACACGUCGAGGCAGUGUGAACUGUAAAUUUCUCUUAGAAAGUUUUUAUAGUUAUCAGUGAGCGUCAUUUAAAAGAUAAAUUCAAUCAUCUUCGUUGUACGCUCCUGUCUUUGCCUUCCUGUGUUCGGUGCUAUUUCAACUGGUCAGGGCAGUUUGCCCCUGAAUUCGAUACUCCCGCAAUCCGGCGGGUGUUAAGAUCCAUGGAAGUGGCCGGUUUUUACGAGGGGGAUUGCCUUGCUUUCCACAAAAGCAAUAGUAUCAGCAGUCCCGUCAACGACGGCAUUAGCAAGCAGCCCAUUGACGGCUCGAUGACGAAGCUUGGCAUCUCUGAGCACGAGAAGGCGAUUGACUUCAGCAUUUACUUGGACUCUGCUCUGCAGUAUCAACAGCUGGCUUCUCAAAGCGAAACUCAUCAGCAGCAGCGCGGAGUGGACAUCUUCGCAGAUUUCCUUGCCGAGGAGAGCAAGAGUAGGAGAGUUCAGUCCUUACCAAACUACAGAAACUACAUUUCGCUGAACGACCGGGAACCGAAUAACACUCAGAGACAAGCAAAUCAGCUUGGGUUCGCUGAACUGCAAGAGACUCGGGUGGACAACGUCUUCAGCCCGGACUUUCUUGGAAACUUCGUUAAAGGCAGCUUAAGGGACGAACUGAAAGACGAUACACGAAUGGAUUCGUCAGGGUUUGACAUGCGGUCAUAUCUGCAAUAUCAGACAGCUCCGAGUGGAAGCCUUGGGAACAUUUCCACUGCAUCAUCCUCCUGCUCAAGCCCACCUGGUACACCUGCCCCACCAGGUAAGGCAAGGUCGCCACAGCAGUCCGGCAAAAUGCCCUCGUCUGGCAAAGGAAAGAAGCGACUGGACAAGGAUAGCGAGGAGUACAGGCUUCGCCGUGAGAGGAACAAUCUAGCCGUGCGCAAAAGCAGGGAUAAAGCUAAAAUGCGCAACCUGGAAACACAGCACAAAGUGCUCGAGUUGGCCGCAGAGAACGACCGUUUACAGAAGCGCGUGGAGCAGCUGUCAAGAGAGUUAGCCACGCUGCGCAACUUGCUUUCCGCCACCGGCCAGUGCUAACAGUACGCCAUAACAUCAAACUGCGAAAGCGGUGCUUGGAGAACCUUGAUCCAGGCAGGGACUGUGAACAGGUUCACGACACGUUGUUUUUUCAGAACUAUACAAUGAUUUACAUAGAAUUUUAUGUAGCCAUAAGAGUGUCGAGUCAAAACGAACAAUUGUUCGCCAUGGUUUACAAGUGGGGGGAGGGGGGUGGAAGGGGACUCGGCGGUUUGAUUGCGCAAGAACCAUGCUUGGUGACUUGUCACUUUGGUACUCUGAAUUCCCUGUUAUGUAUUUUGUCUGUACAGUAUUUUUGUACGGGUUAUACAGUAAAAUAUACUGUUUAAUAUUCUGUUAUUUAAAUUCCCUAUCUAGGGCAAUGGUUGUCAAGGGAAGAGUUGUACUGCAGAGGUAUGAUGCAACUCUUUGUAACAGUAUUGGCAAUGCAAUGAAGUAAUCUGUUAAAGAUACUAAAGGUACAAAUGCUCUAUUGCAACAUGAUAUUUUAUUGAAUAAAAUGAUUUUUACU